AUGUCUGACGAGGAAUACGGUGAGAAUCUGAAUGAAGCCGAGAAGGCCAUGUUGGCCGCCAAGAAGCGUCAUGAGAACGACGAACAAGCCAAACUGGACGACUACGAGAAGGCACGUCGUUCGGAGCGUGAAAAGGAAGAAGAGGAGCUGAAGAAGUUGAAAGAGAAGCAAGAGCAACGUCGUCUUGCCAGAGAGCAAGAGGAACGGGAGGCUGCUGAAAAAAAGAGAUUGGAUGAGGAGAAGCGUAAGAAGGAGGAAGAGGAUCGUCGUGCUCGUGCCGAGGAGGAGAAGAAGAGAAAGGAAGAGGAGAAGCUGAAGAAGGCCCAAAUGAUGGGAGGUGGCUUCGCUGCUGGACAACAAGGAGGAAGAAACUUCGUCAUCAAUAAGAAGGAGGAGUCCGCUGGUGUUGGUGACCGUUUCGGAAACAUUGUCCAAGCUAAACAAGAAAUGGGAAUGACCAAAGAGCAGCAAGAAGAGGCGAAGACUGUCUUCAUGCAAGGCAUCCGCAAGAACAUUGCCGAGGCUUCCACGAUUCUUCCAAACGACAUGAAGGCCAAGAUCAAGGAGCUUCAUCAAAGAAUCUGUAAGCUCGAGGCUCAGAAAUACGAUUUAGAGAAGAGACACGAGAGACAGGAGUACGAUUUGAAGGAGUUGAACGAGAGAUCUCGUCAGGUCGCUCGUGCCAACAAUGCGAAGAAUGGACAAGUCAGCGGAGAUGAUACCGGUGGAAGACAUCCACCAAAGGUCCAAGUUGCUUCCAAAUACGACAGACAAAUCGAUAGAAGAAACUUCAAGGAGCGUCGUCAAGUGUAUGAGAAUGUGAGUGUUCCACCACCACCAGCAAUCUACGAAAAGGUCAUCAAGAAGUUGGAUUACGAAAUCCAACAGGAACUUGAGGCCGCCGAGGAAGAGGAAGAAGAUUAUUAG